AUGGAAGACAGUGUUGAUGUAUCUGCUUUGCUGGACGAAGCUGUGAAUGGAUCUAGCAAGGAGAACGGAAAAGUUGAUGAAAAUGGAGAUAAAAGGUAUGUUUUUGUAUUAUUAUAUUAAAUUUAUGAUUUUAGUCGAUCACCAAGGAGUAAAGAGGUCAGCAAAAGGGAUAGGAGGACAAGAUCUAGGUCCAAGGAUAAGAAAAGGUAAGAGCUUGUGAGAAUUUUUAAUUAAUUUUUUAGGGAUGAAAGUGAUAUUAAUUUGUUCAUAAUUUUAUGCUUUUUCUAACUGAUGUAAAAACUUGAGUUUCAAGGUUGUAUUUGCGUCUAUUUUUCGAUUUUUCUCAGGGUGUAUUUACAUUUUUUCAGGGAUCGAGACGUUGAUAGAGACAGAGACCGUGAUCGCCGACGUAGGCAUAGAACCAGAAGCAGAUCUCCAAGACGUCGUUCACGGUGAGUUUAUUUUCUACAUUUUUGAAUAUGAAGGGUCUCAACGUUCUUUAACAACCUCAUGUUGUUGUAGAUGGCACCAAACUAAUUUUUAUUAUAACUUUUUUGAACAGAAAGCUAGAAACUUGAAAUUUUGUGAUGUUUUAUAUUUUAUACUCCUUUAACUUUUAAAGCUGUUACAAUUACACUGAAAACUAAAAUUGUGUUAUAUCUACAGAUUCCCGGCUGUAACAGUUUGACUGCGACUUGAAUUCUCUAGGUAAGAGAACCUGCCUCGAAAAAAAAGUUUACUUAUAGGAAUCAGCGCAUAUCGGACACAACAUAAUGCCCAAUAUUGUCUAUUCAUUUGUCUGUGGGGAUUGUUUCUUAAUUUCAGGUUGUGCACGAGGAGAUCGGUCAACGAUUUUGCUGGUUUUUCUUUUUCGAAUUAAUAUCAUGUGUUUGUUUUGAAUAUUUUUAUAUUAAUAUUAGAGCCAAACGCUUCUAGAUUGAUAUAAAAGUAUUCAUAACAAAUAUAUUUUGAAUUUUUAGGCUUUUUGACCAAAAUCUUGGAUUCCAUCUGACCUAAAAUGGAGUUAGUCGCAAAAAUUAUUCAAUUUUAGGUUAUCUACAGCAAAUUUUAAGCCAAUUUAAUAGAAAACAGUUGGAUAAUAUUACAAUGGGUUAGAUAUGUAAGAUUUAAUGGUUUAUUUUCAGUUCCAGAGACCGUGAACGUCGACGAUCGCCAAGAAAAGAGCGUUCCCGCGACCGUGACUAUGAAAGAAGGCGGCGUAGCCCACGUAGAAGGUCACGAUCUCCAGUGAAAAUUGGUGGAGGACGAUUGCCUGGUCCUGAGCGAAGAGAUGUGUAAGUUUUUUUUUGUUUUGUUGGUUUUCAGGUAAUAUUGUGGUAGGCAAGAGGAUCAUGUGGUAUUACGAAAAGAGCUACAUUGUUAGAAAUGCUGUUUAAAUUGAUCGUAUCACCGUUAAUAUCUUUUUCUUUUGUUAAAACAGCUAGGUUUACUUCUAUUUUUUCAGAAUGCCCUUCUCAGCCCGUCGAUCCCCACCUCCUGGUGCCAACAUCGAUAUGACUCCAGAAGAGCGAGAUGAACGUACAGUAUUCAUUCUUCAGCUGGCUAGAGACACAAGACCUCGAGAUCUUGAAGAAUUCUUCUCCAAGAUCGGCCAUGUUCGAGAUGUACGUAUCAUAACAGACACAAGAACAAGAAGAUCAAAAGGCAUCGCCUACGUUGAGUUUUGGGAACGAGAAGCAGUAACAUUAGCCAUGGGACUAAAUGGACAACGUCUGAUUGGAGCCCCAAUUCAAAUUCAACCAACUUGUGCGGAAAGAAACCGGCUAGCCAAUAAUACAGUAGGCUCGGCCAUUGGCUUCGGCCCAACGAAUUCCUUCGGUCCAUUAAAGAUUGCCGUCUCUAACCUACACCCAAGCAUCAGCGAUGACAUGUUAAGAGCUAUAUUCGAGCCGUUUGGUCGAUUAGAAACCUGCAAAGUGGAUGUAACUAAACCUGGAUGUGGUGUGGUCAGCUUCCGGAACGCUGACGAAGGCAAAAAAGCAAUGGAACAGCUGAACGGCUUCGAAUUAGCCGGCCGAAACAUCAAAGUAAUCAAUGUAGAAGAAGAAACUCAAUCAAAAAUAGCCUCCGGACCUCAAGGAGGUAUCAAGAACAUGACACUAACCGCGGAACAGCAGGCCGAACUAGCAAACGUGCCGUCGUUCGCUACGGAAUGCUUUAUGCUCUCCAAUAUGUUCGAUCCACGCACAGAAACAGAAGAAAACUGGGACGAAGACAUUCGUGACGACGUCGUAGAGGAAUGCAACAACCAUGGUGGUGUAGUACAUGUAUAUGUGGAUCGAACAUCGGAUGCAGGAAAUGUCUAUGUGAAAUGUGUCAACGUCCUUGCAUCCUACAAGUCAGUGCAAGCUCUUCAUGGACGUAUCUUUGCUGGCAAAGUGAUAACGGCAAACUACAUUCCAGUUCAAAGCUAUCACGACCUUUUCCCCGACUCCAGAUACUCGAUGGCCCCCUUGUUCUCACGCCCAAGACAAUAA